AUGGAGUCGGCCUAUCUCUCCAAAGCGCACGACCACGUCCGCACCGCCGCGACAGCAACCUUCGAGAAGAGCAUCGCGACUGCGGGGCACGAGCAUGAUCUCGCCGCCGCCGCCUUCCACGAUGCCACCCAGGAUACGCAUAACGCAGAGGCCCUCCGCAUCCUCAGCCUCCUCGAGGACCACCACCGCAAGCUCGCCGGCCUGAUCAAAGAAGCCCCACGCAACAAGGAGAAGAAGAGCAUCUCUAUCACCUCUACCACCCGCGCCACCGACACCUCUGCUACCUCGCCUCCAUCCAGAGUCUCUACAACGCCACCCGCAACUUCCUCUCCGUCCUCGCCGACACCUCCCACGUCCCGCCGCAGACUCCCUCAGUCAUCCAUCGCUAGCAACCUCGCCGAGAAGCGCGGAAUACCGAAUGCAACAAGGACAACAAGUAGUUCUACAGUAAACGUAUCAGGGGCGCUGGCGACUAGAGGCGAGCAGGCCCCGACCCCAGUACGAGAUCUACUGGUUCAGCAGUCACGGAAAGCCGAGUCGGGCAGGUCCAAGGACGCGCCAAAACACCAUGUGCAGCAUGCACCGCGACCUACAUCUCCACCCGCCGAAGACAACUUCCGACGAUUCUAUUCCGCCUUUGGGGGUGUCAUAUCCGCCAUAUCCGCACCCCUGGCCUUCACCUCUCUUCCCCUGAACCCCACCGCACCAACGCCCGUGCCAGAGUCGGCCAAGGAAGAGAAGCUCUCCAAGACAAAGCCAAGAACACAGUCACCAGAGGCUUCCAGAACAGUCAAGUCCUCAAUCCCAGACCUAGCCGCCCUAAUCAGCAAGCCUGCUCUUCGUGCGCUACGAGAAGAUGGCGCACCGCCACUGGGUCCUAAUGAGUCCUUCUACUUGGUGCCCACAUCCGGCGGUACUGUCACCUACGCCAGCAUCCUCCGAGAUCCCAAUGCACCAACCGCAGCAACCCAAGACGCACGUCUAAACCCCAUCACCGAGGAAUCCGGCUCGCUGAAAGGCAGCUCCCACGAGGAGUUUGUAGACGCGCGAGAAGAUGUCGGCCCGCCAUCACCCACAAAGGCGCGGCGUCCGCAUUCACGGGAAAGUUCAGGCGCAGGCGUAACCGCACAGCGCUCCAUACCUGCAGGCAGAGGCGCGGGACUCAAGACAAUGGAAGAACUAGCCUUGGAAAACGACACGCUCAAGACCCUGGUGGACAAGCAGGCCAAGAGAAUUCAGAUGUGGGAAACCAACUCUCAAAACUCCUUCAACGCACUCGCACAGUCCUUUCGUACGCGAGGCCCAAGCAGGGUAGGAAGUGACCCGAGUGCACUCGCCCACGCUCUCUCGCAGGGCUCCAAUGCCGUUCCAGCACUGCCGUCGCCUCCAUUGCCUGGUCAGCACCCACCUCUUUCUCCCGGCACAGAUAUACAGACGACGACGACGACGACAAAGAAGAUUGCCGAGCUCCAAGCCCUACUAGCCAACCAAACCGCCAAAGUCAGUGAUCUCAUGAGCAACAACGAACAGCUUGCGAAGCAAAACGAGAAGAAUGCCCAGGUGCUAGGCCGUUACAGAGAACAGUGGGAGAAACUAAAAGCGGGUGCGAGGAAGAAAGAGCAGGAACGACGGGAACGACGCGUUGCCGAGGUCAAGGCUGGGGAGAGCGCAAAGGACAGCGAGAGUGGCGAUGCUACCGGGGAUAUAGACGAGAAUCUCGAGGGCGAGGAAGCCGACUUUGGGAAAGCAUGA